CCUCAGCAGCUGCUAGAACACACAUACACACAAACACAGACACACAGAGGACUGAAGUGCGUCUGCUCAGAGACCUAGAGGAAGAGGGAAGCGGUGAGCAGCUGGAGUUUCUCUACGGCUCCUACAGCUCACCAAUGGCUCAGUCGGCAGGCAGCAUGGACUCAGAUCUGGCCAGCAAGCGGCCCCACUCGAGGAUGGAGGCAUCUUGCCUGGAGUUGGCGCUGGAGGGGGAAAGACUCUGUAAAGCAGGAGAUUUUAAAGGUGGCACGGCAUUCUUUGAAGCUGCUGUUCAGGUGGGAACAGAAGAUCUCAAGACCCUCAGUGCCAUUUACAGCCAGCUGGGCAAUGCAUACUUCUACCUGAAGGAGUAUGGCAAAGCCCUAGAGUACCAUCGGCAUGACCUUACGCUUGCUCGGACGAUCGGAGACCGGAUUGGGGAAGGGAAAGCUAGCGGAAAUCUUGGCAACACUCUGAAAGUUUUGGGCCGCUAUGAUGAAGCAGCUGUGUGCUGUCAAAGGCACCUGGACAUUUCUCAAGAACAAGGUGAUAAGGUCGGUGAGGCCAGGGCUCUGUAUAACAUUGGGAACGUGUUUCACGCAAAAGGGAAGCAGCAGCUCUGGGGCGUCUCGCAGGAUCGCGGAGAGCUUCCUCCUGAUGUCAGAGAUACGCUCAUGCGAGCCACAGCCUUCUACGAAAAGAAUCUGUCUCUGGUGAAGGAGUUGGGAGACAGAGCUGCACAGGGAAGAGCCUUCGGUAAUCUUGGCAACACUCAUUACCUGCUGGGUAAUUUUGUGGAGGCCAUCAAGUUCCACAGAGAGCGUCUCUCCAUUGCAAAGGAAUUUGGCGACAAGGCCGCUGAACGCCGAGCAUACAGUAACCUAGGCAACGCUCUCAUUUUCCUGGGCAAGUUCAGUGCAGCCACAGAGUAUUACAGGAAAACCCUGCAGCUCUCUCGGCAGCUGAAGGAUCAGGUGAUGGAAGCUCAGGCGUGUUUCAGUCUGGGAAACACAUACACUCUUCUGCAGGAGUAUGAACGUGCCAUAGAAUAUCACCUUAAACACCUGCUCAUCGCUCAAGAGCUGAACGACAGGGUCGGGGAGGGCCGGGCCUGCUGGAGUCUGGGUAACGCUUACGUGUCAUUGGGAAAGCACCGUCAGGCUCUGCAUCACGCCCGGAAACACCUGGAAAUCUCCAGAGAGAUCGGAGACAGGAACGGAGAGAUGACGGCCAGGAUGAAUGUGGAGGAGCUGAUGGAGGCUCUAGGGGUGAAGGAGGCGGAUCUCUCUCCAUCUGAAUCUGAGUUUAACAUGCAGGGAGCCAGACCCAAGUUCAUCAAGAAAGCCAGCAUGGAGAGUGUGGACCUGUGGAAAUACAGCUCUGAAAAGAAUGGAGAUGCUCCGGAUGUUGAUGGUAUUUCGAGGAGGUCAAGGAACCAGCUGUCUCAGUCCAGCAGAAGCAAAAGUUACGCAGACAGUCAGUCAUCAGAUGAGAGACACUGGCUCGACUCACCUGUGGACACUGAUGACAUCACUGUUCAUGUCACACCUCCAAAACUGGCUCGUGACGCGUCAGAUGAGGACUGUUUCUUUGACCUGUUGAGUAAGUUUCAGAGCAGCCGUAUGGAUGACCAGCGCUGUCAGCUAGACGAGUCGCCCAAUGGAGAGAAUGCCGGAGGAACAGAUCCAAACACACUCAGUGACAUGAUCGAUGCCAGUCUGUUGACGUCUCCUCAAACAGAAGAGCUCUUCGAUUUGAUCGCCAGCUCUCAGAGCCGCCGUCUGGACGAUCAGAGGGUGAGCGUCAGUAACCUGCCUGGACUCAGAAUCACCCACAAUAACCUGGGCCACCUGUGUGGAGAGAGCGACCCGCAGGAGCCCAGCGACGACUUCUUCAACAUGCUCAUCAAAUGCCAGUCGUCCAGGAUAGAUGACCAGCGCUGCUCUCCUCCUGAAGGGGGUCCGCGGGCACCAACCGUCCCAGAUGAGGAUUUCUUCAGCCUAAUCCAGAGAGUUCAGGCCAAGCGAAUGGACGAGCAGCGUGUGCAUCUCCCGUUUGACGAACAGGAGGCUGCAAUAGGGCCAGGGGCUGCAGACUCCUGAGAAAACCCAGGGCCAAAUAACACACGCAACGAGUACCAAAUGAUGGGGAGUGUUUUAGAUUUAAUCUUUCAUGAGAUGAAGAAAUGUGCACAAAGAUAUGCAAGUGAGACAUGAAAACACAAGUGCCAUCUCAGUAUACGGUGCAGAUUUAUGCCUACUGUGCUUUACAGCCAAUGAUCCAUAAUGUUUAAUAGAGAUUGUACGGACUAUAAGAACAGAUACUUGGGACACAACUCUCUGGGUUAAUUCACAUUUGCAAACACUGCCUGCACAAACAACAAAAGAAAUGUAACAAAUCAGGUGCAAACACUGUAAAAAGUAGUUUGGUAUUCUGUUUUUUUAGCAAA